AAAAAGGGGGAAAACAACAAAAGAGGGGGGAAAAUCUACUCGGGCUGUUAAAUCCAACGGCAAUGCUGGUAGUCCCUGGGAUGUGCACUGUUCCGCCACCUGACUGGGGAAGAAGGAGAGAAAAGAAAUGAGAUUGCAAAUUGACAAGCGACUUUUGGAUGAUGUAUUGCAGCUGGAUCUGGCCUGUAGCCCGGACGUCUUGAGCUUUGAUUAAUCAGAUUCUCACAUACAUUUGCGGACAAUCUCAAGGAGGCGACGUAAGGCCAAGAGUAGCAGUCGGAAAGGGGGUCACGGCCAGACAGCUGGGAUACCAUCACGGGAGGCGGCUGGGGAAGUGCUGACUGAGUCGGGCCAAACAAAGCAUCUAAAGCGUCCAGACAAUCCUGGUCCCGACCCAGACUGUCCUGGCACACAGAAAGGCCAGCUCAGUCAGCGACGAGCCCAGUCUCGGAGCCGAUGAAAAGAUAAUUCCCCCCUCGCAGACCACAUGCGGCGCGGGGCCCGCUUGUGAGCGCUGACAGAGCAAGAUCAAGCAGAAAGGAUAUGAGUGGGAAACUUCAAAACCUGCUCAUGUUUCUGGGCCUGUGAAAGGAUUUGUAUAACACAUUCACUUUUGAUGGACUUUCCCAUGUUCCCCCAGACAGCUCUUUUGCUGUUGACGUGUUCAAAUAAUGAAUCUCUUAUGUUUAAUUUUUUUCCUCAGAGCAAGGCCGUGUUUCUAGUGGUUUUGCAGGGAUGCUGGGUAAUCCAGUCAGUCUCGCGCCACAGCCGAGAACAGAUGGAGUACCGCUGACUCUACAGCUGCCAGGGAAACGGGUGAGUCUUCCGAAACGGAGCGAGGGAUGCUAGAGCAGACGGAGGGCCAAAGUGGACCAAGGUCAGGGUGAAACACACAGAACUCUGUGUAAAAGCAUCAUACUAACAAAUACCUACAGGAAGUGAAUCUGUUUGAAUAGAUUUGCAGCUUUUUGAAUAUAUAAAUUGAGGUGAGUGGAUUUGUUCACAAAGUCUGUGCAAUGGCACUUAAGAUCAAUUGAUGUUCAUUACUGGUUUCCAGUUGAACAGAAGCACCAACAAAAGUAUCAGAUUUCUCAUUUUCUGUCUUUUUUCUUCAAAUUUAAUAGUGUAAUUACAGAACAAUGCAGUCAAAUUACCUUUUGAAGUGAGUCUAAUCAUGCAUUUCUUCUCGCAUUUCAGAAAAAGAAGCAUUUUCUGAUGAAUCCAAAGAAAUUGCUCAUACAUUGUCUUCCUCAGGCGUUGAAAUGGAACGUUUGUGUGUGAUUCUUUUGCUUGUAAGCAAAACUUUCAUAGUGAAUGCGCAAUUCAAUGGGUUCAACUGCGAUGCCAACUUUCACAGCCGCUUCCCCGCUGAGCGGGACAUCAGCGUGUAUUGUGGAGUGCAAACCAUUACGCUGAAGAUUAAUUUUUGCCCGGUGCUUUUCUCUGGCUACACCGACACUGACCUGGCACUGAACGGGCGUCACGGUGAUGCCCACUGCAGAGGGUUCAUCAACAACAACACGUUCCCAACGGUUGUGCUGUUCAGCAUCAGUCUCAGCACGUUGGAGUCUUGCGGAAACUCACUGGUGGUCUCAACGGCUCAGGGGCCCAACGCAUAUGGGAAUCUUUCCCUGGUUCAGAUUGGGAAUAUAGCAGGAUACAUUGACACUCCGGAUCCCCCAACGGUCAUCAGCUAUCUACCAGGACUGCUUUACAAGUUCAGUUGUAGUUACCCACUGGAAUACCUGGUCAACAACACACAGCUUGCUUCGUCAGCUGCAGCGAUAUCAGUGAAGGACAGCAAUGGCACUUUUGUGAGCACGCUGAAUUUACUUCUAUACAACGACUCCACAUACAUCCAGCACCUUGCCAUCCCAAUGUCUGGACUUACUCUGAAGACACGAGUGUUCGCCGCCGUAAAAGCCACCAACCUAGACAGGAGGUGGAACGUUCUGAUGGACUACUGUUACACGACUCCCUCUGGGAAUCCUAAUGAUGAACUCCGAUAUGACCUUUUCUUUGGCAGAUGUGAUAAGGACCCGCAGACAACAGUGUUUGAGAACGGGAAGAGCCAGAUGGGCCGCUUCUCCUUCGAGGUGUUCCGCUUUGUCAAACACAAGAACCAGAAAAUGUCCACUGUCUUUCUGCACUGCGUGACCAAGCUGUGUCGCGCUGACGACUGCCCCCUGCUCUUGCCUAUUUGCGGUAAGAGGAGGAAAAGGGACACGUCGGAAAGAACCGGUGUGGCCUCUGACAACGCAGUCAUGACCGCCGGACCCAUCAUCACUCGAAGUGAUGAAACUCCCACCAAUAAUUCACAACUAGCACAGUUAAACGGACCUCCAUUCAAAAUGAAUUCAGUGACGAGUGCCUUGAUUUCUGCCAUCGCAAUCCUCGGGGUUAUGAGCAUGUGUUUCUUCAUCCUGUCUCUGUCACUCCUGAGAGGGAAACAGACAACAUCAACACCUCUGUCAGGAACCCACAACCCAGCGUUCAGCUAAACGCACACACGGCUGUUCAACAGUACAACAAUACCUUUGUGCGGAGCUCUUCGGUUACACACAAUCAUGCAGUACAGGGAAAUCAUAUAAUAUAACUCUACACAGCCUUUAGCUACACACAGUUGCCAAUUUUUGGUUACAAAGCAUCAAUACAGCUAUUCUCAUCGCUGUGACUUUACAUAACACCCACAACUAAACCAUUAGAGUCUGAAUUUGAAAAUAAACAGGAAUAACGCACU